GUUCUCUACCACAAAAUCGAAUAUGGCGGAAGUAGAGGAGAAGCAUGGAAAUAAUGCGCAAGAAACGAACAAAAAUGAUGUGGUUAAAGAAGAAAUUACUGAAACAAUAGAGGAAUCUGGUAAAAUCAUUAAAAAAGUGAAAAAAAUCGUGAAGCGUAAGAAACGACCGGCGCGUAAACAAAUUGAAGAGAGACCAGAAUUUGAAAUGGAAGCACCUCAACAAGGUCAAGUGUAUAAUAUUUGGUAUAAUAAAUGGAGUGGUGGAAAUCGUGAAGACCCUUUGAAAAGCCAAGUGAAAUCCGACACAAGAUGUAACAUUGAGCAGGAUUCUGGAUACACAAAGGCGGACAAAAUUCCUGGGUCUUAUUUUUGUCUUUAUUUUGCCAGAGGAAUGUGUUCGGAAGGAUCUAAAUGUGAAUAUUUGCAUCGUUUGCCCAAUGAAACUGAUUUCUUCAAUGCUAACGUAGAUUGUUUUGGAAGAGAAAAGCAUGCCGACUAUCGAGAUGACAUGGGUGGUGUUGGUUCUUUUUUACGCCAAAAUCACACUCUUUACAUUGGUGGCAUUCAACCAACAGACGAUAUUGAAGAGGUUGUGGCCCGGCAUUUUGCCGAAUGGGGGGACAUCGAGCGCAUACGAGUUUUGAAUUCUCGAGGAAUCGCUUUCGUCACAUAUGUAAAUGAAGCCAAUGCCCAAUUCGCUAAAGAAGCAAUGGCCCAUCAAUCUCUUGACAAUGACGAGUGUCUUAAUUGUCGAUGGGCAACAUUAGAUCCUAACCCAGCAUCACAAGCACGAAAUCAAAGACGUUUAGAAGAACGAGCAGCCGACGUCGUGAAGAAGUUAUUACCCAAGGAGUUUUUAGAGGAUUUGCAGGAAUCAAAGACCGGAAAAGGAAAUCAAAAAAAGCGGAAAUUGGAGCUAGAAUUUGGACUUGAGGGUUAUGUACCUUCUGAUGAUUUACUUUAUGCUGACGGAUCUUCUUCCAUCCGAAAUCAAAAAUCAAUUGAAGCAUCCACUCAGCAUAACCAACAGAAAGAGGCUUCCCAGGAGAAUGCUGAUCAAGUAGAGCAAAGUUCCACUUCGUCCAACAAAUUCCUUGAUCCUGACGUUUUGAACGAUCUUCGCAGAGUAUCCCAGCCCUCGCAACAAAAGAGUCCAGCACUGGUUGUUGGAUAUGAUAGCGAUGAAGAUUAAUGACUUUAUUUCUUUUUUGUAUAAUAAAUGUUUCACUUUUAUUUGUUUUUCUUUUCAGUUGUUGGUCGCUAUGUCUAAAACUCUCCAUGUGUUUUUUUUGGAUCAUCGACUCUAGUAGCUAACUACGUGUUUUUUUUUUUGUUCUUCCAAUUUUACAGACCUACUAUUGCAUAACUUCAUUACAACAAUCUUGUUUUCUACCAUAAUGAAUCUACGAAUCUACGAUGCCACAAUUGCUAUAGACAAGAAGGGAAUCGAGAAAGAAUUUUUUUACUAGCGACACAGACCAUAAACCUUAGUAGAAAGUGGUGGGACGGUGAGGAGCAAAAACCUUCUUGCCAGCCAAGCCGAGAGUACCAGUACGACGGUGAGGGAGAGGGAACUUCAACUUAGGAUCAAGAAGUUGCUUAACGUAGCUGCGGCGGACAUCCUCCUUGUUCUCAACAGUGACAACCUUGAGGAUACGGAUGCUGCGGAAACGAGCACGGUGACGAGCAGCCAUGUCUUGGUACAUACCCUCGACAGCGCCGACACGGGUGGUGUCGCGGAACUCCUUGUACAUGUUGUGAGUACCGGAGCGAGAGUCGUAACGGAUCCAGAUACCGAAAACCUUGGGUUGAAGGGGCUUAGGCUCGUGGAUUUGGUUAAUGGCAACAAUUUCACCAGUGGCCUUCUUGACCUUGUUGAUCAUCUUUAAGAAGUACCAGUAACGGGACUUGGCAACAGAUUCAUUAGGGGCGAACAAACGCAUGCGGAACAGCUUGGGUACAGGUUCCUGUUCAGUUGGAACCUUGCGGCCAACAACUUGAUACUCCUUCAGUGCCAUUCUUGCUGACUCUGGCUAUGGACAAGUUUUGUGCUGCCAAGUUUGAAUCUUCUUACCCAAUGUUUGUGACUGCUUUUUUGGUGAAACAGAAAUGUUAUUGUAUAUACGGUACAGUGCCUUGCUGUAUAUACCGUACUUGGCUGUAACGCGUUAUAUAACCAUCAAAAUUGUACAACAAAACAAAUCGGGUAGCAAAAUUCACAUUUGGAAAGGUCAACCGGAUCCCUUCCUAUUGGAUUCGCUAUUGUUUGCAUAAAAGAUUACUAUAAAUAGAAAUGAAUAGAAAGUGAAAUACUUAAAAAAAGAAACAAAAAAGGAGGAG